AUGGCUAGAUUAAUCGCUGUGACGGGCGCCACUGGCAACCAAGGUGGCUCGGUUGCCAAGCUUCUCCUCCAAUUCCCCGAACUAUAUCGCGUGCGGGCUCUGACGCGCAACCCGGACUCGGAACCCGCGAAGAAGCUGGCCCAAUUGGGCGCUGAAAUCGUCAAAGCUGAUCUCACGGCCCCUUCGGAUCUCCCACCUGCUCUACGUGGAUGCUGGGGAGUGUUUGGAGUGACGAACUUCUACGAUACGAAAAUCAAGGACGAUCCUGGCAGCGAGGAGCAGCAGGGGAAGAACCUGGCCAAAGCCGCCCUCGAAGAAGGAGUCCAAUGUUUCGUAUGGAGCACCCUGCCGAGUUCUGCGAAAUUGUCAGCCGGUCAGUUGGUCUCUCGGAUCUAUGAGGGAAAGCACCAUGUCGACGACUAUAUCCGCGAGACGGGGUUGCCAGCUACGUUUGUCUACACGGGCAACUUUUACGAGAACAUGGUUUUCAGAAGCCAUGUGCAGUAUGACAGUGAGAAAGAUGUAAUCGAAUUCCGGCAGCCGAUCAUUUUGCCGGAGACAAAGUUGGCCAUGUUGUACGUUGAAAAGGACCUGGCGGCAAUCGUCAAAGCCAUCUUCGAUAAUUGGGACUCGAAGCGAGAAAAGCUUCUGCAUAGCUACCUUUACGCUUCAAACGCGAGGGUAGCACCUACGGACAUCACGUCAGCGAUUGAGAAAAUCUCCGGCAAGCGCACGAUAUAUACAGUCAUCCCAACUACCGGGGUUCCGGAUCGAGACAUUAUGUUUCAGCUCUACAACCGCGUUGGCAUGUAUCCGGGGAAGGAGAUACCGGAUGAGAACGUUCUUGCGCUCGGCGUCAAAUUGCACUCUGUGGAGGAUUUUAUUCGCGACAGGUUGCUCCCGCACCUCGGGUUGCAGUCUGUGAAUUGA